GUUUGAGGUAGGCGGGUUGUUCUAAGUUUUUGCCUCCGGCGCUAACGGUACUGAGUUUUCAUGUUGCGCUCUGCUGGUUGAAUCCACUUGCUGUACACUAAGGUGUCCUUUUGUUUUCAAGGUGUUGAAAUUUUCCAUUCUUUCACUGGUAUUUUUAUUUGCGAGUUACCUUUCCAACCUCUGAUUUUUCAUCUAUCUUCUUACAGUUUUGAAUCAGUGAUUUGGAUUAGGCUUCGUUAUAUGAUAUAGAAUCUCCCAAACUAAAUGUGAACCUAAAAUGUUACUCAGCUCGAGAUUUGAUUUGUGACAAAAGUACCAGCCUGUCAGAAUUGAAUAAGCGUGUAUGUCAGCAGCGAGUGUUGUAACAUUGGUUUCUACCAUAUUAUCACUCCUUUUAUUCCGGCAUAUGAUGCUUUUUUUAGAAACCCUAGUUACCGGCUGUUGUGACCAAUCAGUGUGUUAGUGCUGUUAAACGGCAAAUAGUUUUGCCAAAUAUUUCAAGUUCUCUUCCGUUUGUAAAUACCUCCGGAAUUAAAUUGUUAAAUCGAGUGUUUUUAAAUUUUGAUUAUCACUACUGCUGACAUAAACAUAAAAGGAAUUUAAAAGUAAUGUUGCGUGGAAAAUGCGUCAUUAGUAUAGUGUAAUAAGAAGUAACCGAGAUAAACUUAAUUUUCUAUGACACAAUAGUUGUUUGGAAUCGUUACGUUACCGGGGUCCCUGUAGUUGUUUCCUACAUUCUAGCGGCCCUUCAUUCAGUUGAAAUGACUCUAAUAGUCCGUCUUUCAGAGUCCUUUGCUCUAGUUUUUUUAUUGUCGUUUUCCUCCUUUAGUGGAGAGUGAAGAACCGUUCAUGUGAAAAUAUAAAAAAGUAGGAAUCAAAAUAAGGUACUAACCAAUAAUUGAUUGCACAAAAUUUCUGUUGAACUAGGUCAACGUGAAAGUAACUUUGUAUUUACAUCGGCCUACACAGUACGUGACACGACUUUCAUCUAACCAAGGAAUAUUAACAGACGGUAAAGUUCAGUCAAAUAAUACAUAUGCUGUCCUUCCAUAGGAUGGUUAGAAUCAGGGAUUGAAUAUAGGUUUUUUGUCACGAUCCGACAGCUAGAAAGCUAUGUAGCAAAUAUGGAUGAGUGAAAUUCGCGCCAAAACCCAUGACAUGUCAUCCUAAAUCUUUUUGGCUCGUCCAUAAAUUGGUCUUGCUGAACAUUCCUUUCAAUAGAUUCUAUUCUCUUCUCCAAACAAAUAAUCCAAAAAGUGUCCAGGUUUCGGGCGAAUUACAUCGUUUAAAAUUAUAGCAUGUCAAUAUAGGAUUAUGUAAUAAGAUUUCUGUUGAGAUGACUAGUUCGGAACGUUAACUGGAAUAUGCUUAUACGUCAAAUGUAAUUGUGAGAUUAAUAAUUUUAAUGAAUAUAGAUUAGUUGGAUUGAAAUAAUUUAUUUGAAAGUAUAUUCUUUGUCUAUGUAUUGGUGUUAUAACUAACAUCGUUAGUAUGUAAUGUCUCAGCCAGUGUUCCUCUUUUCUAAUUCUGACUUAUCAUAAUCGUUUGGACAGUAUAUUAUUUCCUUAAGCGACUACGAUAAGUAGUAAAGUGCUUACUUUCAACCCUGUACCUCUAGUUUUGACGAUUAUUAGUGUCAGGCUUUUUUAUAAAACCGUAGGUAAAUUCCUAGUUAAGCUUCAAUUAAUGUGGUAGUCUUUCUUAGAUCUUACAAAUCGACUCUGGUCAAUUGUAUACAAACAAAUGACCGUUAUGCAGUCUUGUAAUAUGGUUUCCAAUCUUAGAUUCGGCAAAAUCACUACACUAAGUAUUCGUAUAAACCCCAAUUGCCUGAUAGUUUGGGGCCAAAUAUUCGACCUUACUUGAGCUCUUCAUGCAUGUUUCAGAGAUAGCAUUUACGUGUAGUCAUAGUAACUCAGUUGUCUAGUUUUAAACGAAAUAUAAUCGUUUAGGGUUCAAUCCACCCGAAAAGAAAGUUUAAUAUGAUAUUGAAAAUGUCUGUUCUUUUGUUUAAACCACUAAUUUAUGCAGCAAAACUUUCGGGGAGUGCAAUAACAAGUAUUGGUUAUAGUUUUAUAAAAAUAUAAGUCUAAUUACCACACAUGUACUACACUGCCAAAGGUUUAAUAGCCAAUGACAAAACUUCACUCUUAGUUGAUCGUCCUUGUGUCACAGACAGUGUUGUAGGAACACAACCUAAAUGGUCAGUCAGUCAGUAACAACGUAGAACUUCGUACGUACGUACAUCAGUUCGAGUUGCCACACCAGCCUAAAUGGGCUUCCUUUUAGCUUUUAAAAUACGGUAAACAUUAAUCAUUGACGCCAAAAGUCGUUGGAUGUGACAUGCCAUUUCUAGGCUGAUUUUUCAGGCUCACUGUCGAAAGCUUUGCUCAAGGAUAAGUUAGCCGAUAGAGAUGCUAUCAUUGUAUUCUAAGACAUUCAGCACUGUCGCUACGCUACUCCCAUAACAAAAAGUAACUAAGUCAACAUUUACUAGGUAUAUGGGCAUGAGCCAUACUAUGUAAGGACUAACGAGAGCAUUGUUAAUGACUCAGUGGGCUCCGUCUUUUAAUGGUCGCUUUGAAAUAAGAUAAAGUAUGGUUUUUUAGGAUCUGUGCUACCAACAGUUUAUAUAACACAAGGUUAGUAUAUUCAGCUAUCAGUAUUAUCAUUUUGGUUAUUAUAUAUUUUAUACUAGUGCUUUGGGUUUUAAGAUGCCUCUUAUCAGUACGAAGCUACAUGUAUUGAACCCGGUAUGGAGAAAAAAGAAACCUCGUGACACUGAGCAACAAGAAGAACCCGAACCAAAACCAGCAUUUAUCGUCCCAGAAACUCAAGAAAUCUGUACAUCUGCCGAGGAACUGCAGCGCAAAAUUACUAUAUAUAAUGAAAAUAUAUGGACUUGUCGUGUAACUGGGAAACCUAAUUUAACUUAUCGGGAAGCAUUGAAAACCGAAGCAACUGCUAUUCGGACACUAAGAAAGUGUUUCCCCAAGUUUUUUGAAAAAACCAUCCUUGAGCGCGUCCAUCUCAGUACUCUACCCCUGGAAUCCUUGGUACACAGCUGCUGGACCAUCAUACAUGAACAAUUUCAUAUUGCGGAACCUGUGAAACUUAAAGUUGACUCUGUUUCGAAUACACCAAUACGUGGAAUAAUUGAUGAUAUAAUAAAAUCUCAAACUGUACCGACACCUGUUCCGGAUAACACUUCACCGAAUAAUAGUGACAAAGAAAAUGUGACUAAAAAGAAUUCUCCCAUCAAGAAAAACUACGCUUACAGUGUUAAAGUCCUUUCGGAUAUCCCUGUUGUUGUACAUGAUGUUCCAGCCUGUUCCAUUGACCGUAUCAACCGAGCACCUUCCAAAGAUCAUAUCAAAAUGUUUAUUCGAAGUCAUGCUAUGCGUUAUGGACCAAACUUUACAGGUCCAUGGAUUGUAAAUGAGGAGCUUUUACGACGUCAUAAAAUACCUUUAAAAAGCCCCGGAUGUCAAGUUGAUAAAGUUAAGUUAAAACAAAUGUCCAAAGCCCUGGAGGAGGAAUACUUUGUACGCGUUAUGAACUCCCGACGUCAGUCCAACGGAGAAGGUACAUCAGAUGAUGUUACCUCAAGCACACCACUUAAUUUUAAACGUAUCAAGCGCUUCUCUGUUCUACGUGAAGACAACACUUCCAAGAUGCUUGAAGAAAAUGAAGAUAACUUACCGCUAGCUCAGUUAAAAGAUCGUUCUCAAUUUAAACAAUCAUUAGAGGAUAGUAGAAAGAAGAAAAUGAAACAGUCCACCUUAUUUCAAUUUGGUAAGAAAACUCCUACGAAAGAUGAAAUACCAGACAAGUCAGCAAUCAAUCGUCCUAAAAAGAAUACUAAUGAAAGAUCUGCAUUACCUCGAGUUGCUCAACAUCUCAUCAAAAUGUUUGGAGAAGAUCGUAAUAAUCCAGCCAUAGAAACUCAGAUAAGACUUUGUGCAAAAUUCAUAAGUGACGUAGAUAUUCUUAAGUUGCCUGUUGAAUUACGUGAUCCUGUGCGAUCAAAGAAAGAAGCGUUUGCGUUCAAAAAAAAGUUACUGACUAUGUCACCGACUCAACGAAAGCAAGCACUCCAAGAAAUGAAAGAGAAACAGAAGAUUGAACGUAUUCACGCUAAUAAAUUGCUUGAUGAUCAACAUCUUAUGACUGCUUUGCCUCAGUGCCCUCGUUUACCUGAACCUUCCAAACUUGAACUUCCUCCUAGUUUCAACGAAUCUUUGUUUGGACGCCUGCUAGGAUUAACAGAAUUUUUCCAUGUCUUCCAUAGCUUACUUGUUGAAGGAUCUGUUGAUGAUACCGAGGUAGAGAAUCCAUCUGAAAAUAAUGUCCUGUCUGGCUUUUGUCGCUUUCCAGUCGAAUCUCUUGUAGCCGGGGUUGGUGAACCGGGUUAUUCUGAUGAUGAUGACGAUGGUAAUACUGAUGAAGAAGAGGAAGAAGCUGGAUUGACUGAAUCAAAUGCUCCACUUCCGAAAAUAUGUAUAAAGUCAUUGCGUCGUCUAGGAUUGAAACGAUUACUUAACGCUGUCACCACAAAUAAUCCAUCAGCUGGUGCCUAUCGAUCACUAGCACGUCCUUUAAGUGUCCUAUUACGUUUAGUCUUAAGAGAUGAACAAAUAGGUAAAAAACGUGAGUUGGGCUUGAAACUGGCUAAAUUCCCAGUUACACCGUAUACAGCUCCUGAGCUCCUUAGAUUGACUCUUUUAAACGAAAUCCCAUCAAAUCAUGCUAGAACAACCAUAUUGGAACAAUUACGAAAUCAUGAUGCUCCAGUCACUGAUCCUAAUCCAUUUGACCAGAAUUCUGUGACACAACUUAUACACCACUUAUCCAACUCUGAUCUACAUGAACUGUUUCCAGAAAUACGUGUAAUAGCGUUGGAAUGGGCAGUGGAUAAAAUUUUCGAUCUUGAUCUUAUAGAUGAUCAUAUUAUGGCAUGUCAACGUCGUGCAGCUGAUGCUUGGCAAAGGAAAAUUCAGGUAUUACGUGAUAAAAACUUACGAAAAAAAGACAAAAAAGAUAAUGCAAAUGAAGCUAACAAAGCCACCAGUAAUAAUAAUAAUAGCAAUAAUAUAUCUACCAAUCAACUUGAUGAGUCGAAGUCUAAAGCAGACACUCCUACCGCUACUGCUGAUGAUAUCACAGAUUCUGAGAAUGACUUAGCAUCAAUUGUAAAACGCAGACGAAUUCUAGCUGCACGAGCAGCAAUAGAAAAGGAAGAAAAAGAAAAUCUGGAACGUCAACGCCGUCUGGAAAUGGCUCAAGAACAUGCUGAAGAACGUGCAAUUAAUACAGUUAGUCGACUUCAUGAUAUUCGGUCUACAGAAGCAAAAUGUGUUCUACGAAACAACCCUAUUGGUUAUGAUAGAUAUUAUCGUCGUGUUUGGUAUUUCCGUUGUUCUCCGGAUCGUUUGUUUUUGGAGGCUAAUUGGGCUUCCUCAAGUAUCAUGUAUUCGGUUGAUUCCUUUAGAAAAAAUGAAUCUGUCCCAAUUACCACUUUGAGUGAUGAAACAAUACCACAACCUGCUCAUGAUUUUGUAAAUAAUGGCACAUUAAACAGUGGAACUAUUUCAAGUUCCUGGAGUAAUUGGUAUUUUUAUGAUCGUCCUGAACAGUUAGAUGAAUUGUUAAAUUCAUUGCUAACUCGCGGUGUUCGGGAAAGUCAUUUAAAAAGUCAAUUAUUGGCAGAUGGAUUUCUGGAGUCACUUAAAAAAAGAUGGAGAAGUGGUCUCUCAAAUGAAUUGGUAAUUAAAGCUGACACAUUGAAUGGUACUCCUAUAAAUGUAGAAAAACAUCCAUCUCAUCGUAAACGCGAUCUUCCUGCUGGAGCCGCUUUGGCAGGAGCAUUGGUAAAAAAUAUUUUAGAUACUGAGGUUCGUCUAAGAUCCGGUGGUCUCGGUGGUGUACCAGAUUUUACAAAAUGGCAAGAGCGUUUAGCACAAAUACAAGAAUCCUAUGGAAUCCAACAAGAAACUCUUAAUGUAAAUUUGUCUUCAAAACCAAAUCUGUCAGCUUUAUCCAGUCUAUGUGAAUUACCAAAUAAAGAAGGACUUGCUAUUGCUCUUAUUGAAGUAGCUGAAAAUAUAAUACCUCGCUUUUUAAACGUUCCUGAUCUUUGCACCAAGUCAAAAUUCAACUCUAAUCAAAAUGGAACAAAUGAUUGUCAUGAUAUAAAAACUUCUUUUCCAGAUCAUGUACCAUUUUGUAGAUUUUCAUCUGGAGAAGAUUCAGACGCAUCUGAAAGUAAUGAUCGUUCACAGGAACUGGAGAAAGCUGUUUUAGACCCUGAAGCUCAUGAACUACGAACUCGUGCUUGGAUGACAGCUUGGCGUACUGAAGUUCAAAAUGCUCGUACACUGACCCGAUUAAAUCUCUUACAUGCAUGUCUGGAUGCAUGUGUUCGCUGGGAAAAGUCAGUGGAAGAUGCGCGCUGUCGUAUUUGUCGUCGGAAAACAGAUGAUGAUAAUUUACUACUUUGUGACGGUUGUAAUCUUGCUUUCCAUCUCUACUGUUUACGUCCACCAUUAAAACGUGUACCAACAGGUGAUUGGUUCUGCCCGACUUGUGGACCAGCCUCCCGUGCCCUUGAAAAGCGUAAGCGUGAAGAACGUUUAGCUCGGUCUGCAAGACGACGAAAACGUGCUUUGUCAUCUGAUGAUGAAGAACAAUUAAAUUCCGAUAAUAAUGAAGAAAGUAGUGGCGAAAGUGAAGCUACUCAAAAAAUCAAACGUCGAAAUCCCCGUUCAUUUCGAUCCAAAGGCGGUAAUGACUCAAGUGCGUUCAAUGUAAAACGUUCAGUUAGUCCAGCCAAUCGCAAUUCAGUUUCAUCUAGAAAUAUCAGACACGAUACAUCCUGUCUUGUUUGUUCAGAUUCAAUUGGUGAUUUGGUUCUAUGUUCCAACUGUCCCAAUGUAUUCCAUCUGGACUGUCAUGAUCCCCCAUUGCACCAUAUUCCACGUGGAGAUGGUUGGCAGUGUUCAGUUUGCCGGUCGAAUAAAAAACGUUCUACCAUUACUUCUUAUUUUCAAAGCAGAGAUUAUCGUCGGAAAACUUAUCAAGCAAUUUUCAAGAAACGAGCUGUCAGUCCAGAUGAACGUAGCGAAGAUGAAUUUUUAAAUAGUACAUCUUUUACUCGUUCAACACGAAGUAACAAUAGAUCUCGAAGGAAUAUCGCAAUGUCUGACACUGAUGAUGAACAACAAUCGAGUGAAGCAUCUUCAGAUGUAGAUAUCCGCUCUAAUAAUCAACGUCCAAUUUCUCGUCGACGUAGUGCUUCACGAUCAGCGUCUGCUCUUAGUUCACAACUAAAUAAAUAUCCAAAACGUAGACGACGACACUUGUCUGAUCAGGAGGAUACUUCAGAAACAGAACAAAUGGACGAAAAGUCUCAAUCUUUAUGUUCACACAUUCUUGAUGCCGUGUAUAAGCACAAACACUCAUGGCCAUUCAGAAAACCUGUUGAUAGAAGCCAAGUUCCCGAUUAUUAUGAAAUUAUAACAGAUCCAAUCGAUUUGUCCAUGAUGCGUGAUUGGCUUUCUGAAGGACGGUAUAACACGGAAUCUACCAGCGCAGGACUGAAGAAACUAGUACAUGAUUUAGGUACUAUGUUUUAUAACGCCGAAUUAUAUAAUGCUGCUGACUCAGACGUUUGGUUAGCUGGAGAGCAGUUAGAAAAAUUCGUGAAGAAUCAGUUCGCUCAUAUAAACACAGAUGUUAUCUACUCUAGACCAGCACUUGGUGAUGCAUGA